UUAUUUGAUCGUGAAACUGAUUUCGAUAGGGGCAAUAGGUACUUAUAGUAGUCAGGUCAUGCGGAAUUGAUUUAAUUUUAAUACUGCUGGUGUACGAGUAUGUUCGAUUUGUUUUUGCGAUACGUUUCCUGGGUACAUUUGUGUUAAUCGCCAUACUUACACGCAAUAUCAAAUUAUUGAAUGACUGCGAGUUGUUGUUGUUUUAAAAAUUAUUUUAGCCGGUAUGUCGAGCUGGCGUACAGAUAAGGACGUUUGAGCAAAUAAAUUGGAAUUUUCAUUUCGUCUGUAAAUUAAUUCAAUGUUGUUGAAAAUGAAUACUAAGAAGCAAUCAUCUUUUGCAAUUGCUGUGACUGGUAUCCUUUUCUUACAAUAUGUUGGCUCAAUUUUGGCAAAUUCACACACACCACCUCAAAACAACAAUAACCCAACACCGUCCAAUAAUAAGGUAACACGUCCUUUGCCAGGUCCGGAUCUUGAGUGGAAAAUUAUCCGCAAUCGGUCGUGUUUGUACAUUGAUAAAACAAAAUACCUAUGGAAGCUGGUUGUAAAUCAAACAGCAAGAAGGAGACUAAUAACGCGGUCUAGACGUUUCGGGAAAUCAUUGUUUCUGCAGAUGAUGGAGCAAUUUUUCAGAGGGAGAAGUGAGUUAUUCGAGGGAUUAUUUAUUGGAAAAUGGGGAAACAGGAACACAUUCAUACCAUUACCCAAACCUGAUGAUGGAGGUGACUGGAUAGAAUACCCAGUUAUUAAAUUGAAUUUCAAACUUAUAGAAAAAUUCACGACUAUUUACGAAUUUAAGUCAGAGUAUUAUAAAAUCUUAACAGAUAUUGCUAAAUCAUACAAGAUUGAGGAUUUUGAAUCCGGUUAUGGUAGCACUAGAUUACUUAUCUCAGCCUUGUAUUGCAAAUUCAACAGCAUACCUGUAAUUGUUCUCGUGGACGAGUACGAUUAUCCAUACGAAUACGCAAUUUCAAAAAAUAACAUAGAUUUGGCAAAAGAGAUAAGAGAGUUCUUGGAUGACAUAUUUGGCAUUAUAAAAAAUGAAAGUAAAAGGGUCGCAUUUUUAUUCCUUACAGGCGUAUCUAAAUUAACCUUGGCAGUUCUUCAAAGCGGUGCCAAUAAUAUUGUGGAUGAAACUUACAAUCCGGAAUUUGCCGAAGCCUUUGGUUUUACAGAAGAGGAAAUAACAGAGCACAUGCGAGGCCACAUAGAAGAGUUUGCAAAGAGCGAGUCAGUACCUUUCAAAGAUAUCAUGGAUAAAAUGAGAAUAUGGUAUGACGGUUAUCAGUUCGACCCAAAUAAUCGCUCUCAACGGGUAUUUAACCCAGUAUCAACCAUCUCCAACAUAAGAAAUAAAAAAUUUGGAUGCUACUGGAUUCAAACAGGUUCGAUGGAUCCCAUUCCCGGAAUGUUUUACAAAGAGGGGUGGUCGUUAGACGUUCUACUGAAGGGAAUGUCAAUUUCACAAAGUAUCAUCAGCGGGGGGUCAAUUGAAAGUCAAACACCUACCUUAAUAUUGUGGAUGUUUCAUAAUGGCUAUUACACUAUGAACGGGCAGGACUCCUCCGAUGUUAUAGUGAAAAUACCUAACUUCGAAAUUGAAACAGCCAUCAAUACAUCAUUAUUAUCCUAUGACCCCAUAGCGCAAUUACCAUAUGCACACUACUGUUUAAGUGAGCUAUUAUUAUUCAAGAAUAACCUCAGGUAUGGAAACGUUCGCGCAGCUAUGUCUAUUUUACAAAAAAUUGGGUUCCCGGCAUACGCUCAUCCUCUGAAUCAAGAGAUAACGGCAGGCGAAGUCACAAGGAGAUUGACCAUGCUCUUUGAAAUUGCCACCAUAAAACACGAAAACGGAAUGACAUUUAAGAAAAUCGACGGAGAAAAUGAUGAUGGCGGAGACAUCGACAUGUGGACUAAGGACUUGCCUACCAAUUACGCAAUCGAAGUGAAAAUCUCAGCCCUAACGACUGGCAACCUCAACGCUGCGAAGGGUAUGCGACAGUUUUUAGAUUACGUCCGAGAUUACCGAGAUUCCCUGAUGCAAAAACUCGGUAAUCCGACAAGAUUUUUUUUUUUGUCUAUAGCCUUUGAGAUUCCUUCUAAGGUAGGUAAGGCAGGGACCGCCAGCUUGGCGAGCUGGAUUUUUUUACCUGUAAAUAAUUCUGUAAAUAAUUGUGAACUAUUAUAUAAAUGAAAGCCCUGUUUUUUAGA